GAAAAAUGCUACAAAGGACGUGUGGAAGCCUGUUGAUGAUCAGGGAUCUAAGGAUCCAAAAGAACAGUAAUCUCGUCGCUGUAUAAUUGUCCUAGGUCCUACUUUUGUACCACAAUGUCAUGUAAUAUAUCUCUGUACUCUACCUUUCGGUGCGUGUCGGGGAUCCUGAGCAAAUGGCUCAAAUUUAGGACGACUGUCACGUUAUCGAGUUUCGAUAUAAGAUCAUGUGUCAUCCUAUAGGUUAUUCCCUUGUCUUUAGCAACCAUGGCUCAAGCAGCGACGAUUCCCUCUAACAACGCGCCUUAUGCUGAUCUUCCUCCUAUCAACUCGAAACUAUUCGAAGCCAAGGCGAAGAAAGGCUUGACUUUCGAUCAAAUUGCUCAAGCUAUAGGGAAGGAUGAAGUUUGGCUUGCCGCUGCGUUCUACGGCCAGGCAAAGUUCACUCCGGAAGAACUACAAAAAGUAGCCGAGACGCUGGAAAUUCCGAGCAGCGAUUUGGUUGGUGGGCUGGGUGAUCAUUGGUGGCCGAAUCGUGGACUUGGUCCUAUGCCUCCCACUGAUCCUGUUAUCUAUCGGUUGUACGAGAGUGUCUUGGUAUAUGGUCAUGCGAUCAAGGCCAUUAUACAUGAGAAAUUUGGAGAUGGUAUCAUGUCCAUGAUUGAUUGCAAGAUCAAUGUAGCGAAGAAACCGGAUCCCAAAGGGGAUCGCGUCGUUCUGACGUUCGAUGGUAAAUUCUUACCGUAUGCGAAGUGGUAAACAGAAAAAAUCUACUACGUCGGUACAAACAACCAACAUCUGCACACCUUAAAUGACAAUUUCAAAAUUUUGAAGUCUCAACGGAUGGUACGGCCCGAAUUUAA